AUGGAUUAUAAAGAUUACCUAAUUAAUCAGUUGCCCGCGAUAACCCAACUCCAAAUAGCUUUGCAUGUGAUUGUUGAUAAAAUAGCAAUAUAUUUAUUAUGGAUCAACCUUGACAAAGGGGUAUAUUAUAACCAGGUGAAUUCAAUAUCAAAAGAUUAUAAUCUUUCAAAACCGGCUUCGGAAUUUGAUUUGAUUGAUGAUCCAAUAAAACCUGUAGUGUUUAAUUUUUCCAGCGACCUACUGGCCUUUAUUCACGUGCAGAAGACGGGCGGAACUCCUUUCGAAUACGUCUUAACUCACGAUGUCAUUGGUGCGCCUAUAUGUCAUUGCGAGAGAAUUGUGAAACUGGUUCACACAUGUAUCUGUCCCAGGGAUGUAAAAUCCCAUUCCAAUGAUUUAUCCCAAACCUGGCUUUUUUCGAGAUUCAAUGAUAAAUCACAUUUAUGCGGAAUUCAUCCUCCCUUCAUAUGGGUCAGAAAAUGUUUGCCCAUAUGGGUAAAGAACUUAAAAUUGCGCAAAAAUUAUAAGAAGAAAUGGAAAUCGUACAUCAAAAGUAAUGCUAUCGAAAUCAAGGAUGGUCGAAUUUCUGGCCCUGGGAUCGAUGAUAAUACCAUGAGGAAAACCAACUUGGAAAGCUGGUCUAACAAUAGAAUGACUAGACAUUUCGCUGAUUUUCCUUCGAUAGAAUGUAAUAAAAGUCUAACAGCUGAUCAAAAGGAUGAUUUAUUGCUCAAGAAUGCCAAACAUAAUUUACUGAAUGGGUUUCAGACAUUCGGGAUUCCUGAAUAUUUUAACGAAUCUAGAUUCCUUUCCCAUAAAAUGUUGGGCCUAAAUUUUUCCUGGACUUACGAAUUUUCGAACGACACUUCAUGGAUUGAAUCCUACCAAAAUGUUUCCGACUUCAUCAAAAAGAAAAUCUUUUAUAAUAACCGGCUCGAUAUAAGUUUAUACGCUUUCGCCAGAAAUCUAUUUCAACUAAGAUUAAAGCGUUACAAUUACGUAUUGUCGGGGGUACCGAUAAAUUAA